GUAAGCGGGAUGGAAAGCGCAUGGUUAAAACCGUCAAGUGUUACUUCAAAGUUCAAACCCCUAAUUCGGGAGGAGCCUUUACACUUCUGUUAUCGUUUACCUCUGCCCCCUGUGUGUCUAUCACAUUGACGCAGACACAAACAGGUGCAAUUUGUUUGUGUACUUUUUUCUGAAAUGAUAAUUUCCAGGUCUGUCUACUGAAUUUCAUCUACGACAACAAAAUUGAGCAUGUUUUUUAGGUUUUACAAGUCUGUAAACCUCAAGGCUUUUGGUAGACAAUCUGUGUGCAACGAUACAAGUUUGAAGGGUUUGUCAGGGUUGUUUUGGGAUAUUAGCAAACGAAAUAUGUGUGAGGAUAGCAAGAUUAACACAAGGAUUCUUUUUUGUGGGCCUCACUUUGCAGCUUCAAAUAACUACACCAAAGAAUACUUGCAGAACUAUCCAUCUAUCCAGGUUGAUGAUCUUCCAUUUGAUAGUGUACCUAACCUUAUUGGUAACUAUGAUAUCUGUGUGGUAAAAAGUAUGCGGCUCAAUUCAGAUCUUAUUGCUCGUGCAACACGAAUGAAGCUCAUAAUGCAGUAUGGUGUUGGUUUAGAAGGUGUUGAUAUAGCUGCUGCUACAAACCAUGGAAUAAAAGUUGCUAGAAUUCCUAGUGGGAAUACUGGAAAUGCUGCUUCAUGUGCUGAAAUGGCCAUCUAUUUCAUGUUAGGUCUUCUCCGUAAGCAAAAUGAGAUGCAAAUUGCUGUAAGGCAAAAGAAACUUGGAGAACCAGUUGGUGAUACACUGCAGGGGAAGACAGUCUUCAUUUUGGGAUUUGGAAAUAUUGGCAUAGAAUUGGCAAAGCGACUUCGUCCUUUUGGUGUCAAGAUUCUUGCUACAAAACGAAGUUGGCCCUCAUUUCUUCCAAAUAACUCCAAUUCUACAGAAGCAACAUCUCAAAAUGAUCUGGUUGAUGAAAAAGGUUCUCAUGAAGAUAUAUACGAAUUCGCAAAAAUAUCCGACAUAGUUGUUUGCUGCUUAAGAAUGAAUAGCGAAACAGCAGGUGUCAUAAACAACAAAUUCAUAUCUUCAAUGAGAAAGGGUUGUUUGUUGGUGAAUAUAGCUCGAGGGGGUCUUUUGGACUAUGAGGCUGUUUAUAAUGGGCUUAAAUCGGGUGAUGUAGGAGGUCUAGGAACUGAUGUGGCAUGGACUGAGCCUUUUGAUCCGGAUGAUCCGAUUUUGAAAUUCCCAAAUGUUCUUCUCACACCUCAUGUUGCAGGUGUUACUGAACAAUCGUAUAGAGCCAUGGCUAAGGUGGUUGGUGAUGUUGUGAUUCAACUUCAGUCUGGAGAACCUUUGACUGGGAUAGAGUUUGUCAACUGAUGUAACUUGUAUAAUUUACGAUUUGUUACAUGUCAAAAGAAACAUUUUAGAACAAAUUUCUUGUUGUUAUGCUGUAAUAAUUGCUAAAAGCAUUACAUUACUUUGGAAAAGUUGCUACAACUUGAUGUUUAAGAUCAUUGAAUACUGACUA